AUGACCGCCGCGCCCGGGAGCCUCCAGCUGGUGAACUCGAGGCCCGUCGCGCUCUCCCUGGCGAGCAGGCCGUCGUUCUCCAGCCUUCUGGGUAGCGGCUCGUUUAAGGCCGCCAUGACGACGCCGUCUUCCCUCGCGCCGGCGGCGACCUCGCCGUCGUCCUACUUCGGCGUGUCCUCAGGCUUCCUCGAAUCGCCGAUUCUCUUCACUCCCAGUUUAUUCCCGUCGCCGACGACGACGGGGCCAUUCCCCUCGGAGCCAUUCAGCUGGAUGACGACGCCGACGACGACUGCGCCGGAGAACCAGGUGCAAGGAGGCGUCAAGGACGAGCAGCGGCAGUACUCGGACUUCACGUUCCAGCCGACGGCGUCCACGGCGCCGGCGACGACGUCGACCUCCUUCAUGCAGACCUCCAUGCUAAUGGCUCCAUUGCAAGGGGAGUCGUACAACGGCGAGCAGCAGCAGCCAUGGAGCUACCAAGAAUCGAGCAUGGACGCGGCCACGAAGCCGGAGGACUUCACCACGCCACCAUUCGAGGGGGCCUCGUUGGGGGUCACGGCCGCGGCAAGUGACUUGCUCGGGAACGGCGGGUACACCCAGGUGGCGCCGCCGGCUGCCGGCUUCCGUCAGCAGGGCCGGCGGUCGUCGGACGACGGCUACAACUGGCGCAAGUACGGGCAGAAGAACAUGAAGGGGAGCGAGAACCCGCGCAGCUACUACAAGUGCACCUUCCCCGGCUGCCCCACCAAGAAGAAGGUGGAGCAGUCGCCGGACGGCCAGGUCACCGAGAUCGUCUACAAGGGCGCGCACAGCCACCCAAAGCCGCAGCAGAACGGCCGCGGCCGGGGCUCUGGCGGCGCGCCGUCGUACGCGCUGCAUGGCGGCGGCGCCAGCGACGCGCACUCCGCUGACGCGCUCUCCGGCACGCCCGUGGCGACCCCGGAGAACUCGUCGGCCUCGUUCGGGGACGACGAGGUGAACGGCGUCAGCUCAUCGCUGCAGGUCGGUGCUAACGCCGCCGCCGCCGGGGAGGAUCUCGACGACGACGAGCCUGAUUCCAAGCGAUGGAGGAAAGACAGUGACGGCGAGGGCGUCUCGCUGGUCGCCGGCAACCGGACGGUGCGUGAGCCGAGGGUGGUCGUGCAGACGAUGAGCGACAUCGACAUCCUCGACGACGGCUACCGGUGGCGCAAGUACGGGCAGAAGGUGGUCAAGGGCAACCCAAACCCACGGAGCUACUACAAGUGCACGACGGCCGGGUGCCCGGUGCGGAAGCACGUGGAGCGCGCGUCCAACGACCUGCGCGCGGUGAUCACCACCUACGAGGGCAAGCACAACCACGACGUGCCCGCGGCGCGCGGGAGCGCCGCCGCCGCCGCGCUCUACCGCGCCACCCCGCCGCCGCAGGCGAGCGUCCUGCAUAUGCCCACGGCGGCGCACUCGAGCUACCAGCUGCAGGGCAGCGCCCCCGGCGGCUAUCCCGUCCUUCCAGGCGGCGCAUACGGCGCCGCGCAGGGCGCGUUCCUCGGCGCGCCGACGACGGCGGCGGCGCAGCCCGCGAACGGAGGCGGCUGCUUCGCCCUGUCCGGGUUCGACGACGUGAUGGGGGCCUCUUACUCCUACACGAGCCACCACCACCACCAGCAGCAGCAGACGCAGCCGAGCGACGCGAUGUACUACGCUUCGAGAGCCGCCAAGGACGAGCCGAGAGACGACGGCAUGUCGUUCUUCGAGCAGCCGCUGCUGUUCUGAUGCUGGCCGGCUGGAGGAUGAAUCACACGCCAUGAAUUUGGUCGACAUGCAUGGCAAGAAAUGCCCAUGAACAUAGUGUACAUGU